AUGCCAUUCUCACUCUCUGAUUUUCCCGACGAGAUCAUUCUUGCAAUCGCCAAGGAACUACAUUCAGAGGAUGCGAUCAAUGCCUUGUCUCGAACCAGCCGUCAUCUCUACUCCCUGCUCAAUCCUUUUUUAUACAGAUACCAUGAGCAGCCGAAAGUUCCCGCUCUGCACUGGGCAGCUCAGGGAGGGUAUGCAUCUACCCUCAUCAGCCUACUAGACGCAGGUGUGGAUCUUUAUGCACCGCCGGGAUGGUGGCCAGAGCAAACACACACACUUACUCAUCAUCCGCUCAUAACUGCCAUAUGGUAUGGUCACUUGCAUAUUGUCGAGCUCCUUUUGAACCGAGGUGGCAUGAGCGAGAAGUUAAAGGAGGAAGAUUACGAGUUGCCGCUGAAUCGAGCCAUAUGGUACGGUCAUAUCCCGAUAUUGCAAUUUUUUCUGCAGAAAGGGGUGAACCCCUGGAAGACCCGUAAAAUGGAUCCAGCUCUAGUUGCCGCGGUGCGUCGGGGCUAUCCAGAGAUUAUUACGCUCCUGCUGAGGGACGCCGAACGUCGACAACUUCUUGACGCUGCUCAGCGGCUUCAAGAGCUCGGACACGCACUCUGGGUCGCUGCACACCAUGGUAACGACGAGCUAAUUCACUUGCUGUUGGCGGAAGGUGCUGAUGUGAAUUUCCGGUGGGAUGGCACAACCUCGCUAGAUAGCGCUGUGUUCAGCGGUCAUUACUCCACUGCCAAAAUUCUCCUUCAAGCUGGUGCCAAUCCAAAGAUGGUAGAUUGCGAUGGCAUAGGACCUCUUUCGCGGGCUGCGAAGCCAAGUGAAGCCAUCUGGGUGGGAAAGAGCACUGGGCGGUCCCUAAGACCUCGAAAUCCCAGUCACCUAGUGGUUCCAUAUCCGCAAGUCGUUAUGGAUGAAUUGGUGGCUAUGACUCGUCUUCUUCUUGAUUAUGGUGCGGAUGCUGCUGGGUUUGAUGGUGCUACAGCACUGCGAAUCGCCAUGAACUCGAAAAACCCCGAGCUCACUAACUUGCUCUUGAUGCACAACGCUUGUGUGUUGAGAAUCAAUUGA